AUGUGGUUCACGACCAGACAAGACGGUCUUGAUGACAACUGUCACACCAAUAGAGGACCAUGUUUCCAGAUAAGUGGGUUUUUCGGGACGACCCUUCGAAUCGGAUUUUUCUUGGAGUUCAUUGCCCUCACCUUUCUGUUUAUGGCGUAUUGGUCAAGUGGGGGAAAGGGACUAUUCAGUUAUGACUUAAAAAAUAUGAAGGAUGAAUAUCGUCUGGAUCAGGCAUUCAGAAACUCCAUAACGCUGUGGUCAGGGGUGUACUUGAUAGGGGCCAUAUUUAUCAUGUCCUUUCAGGUUCUUCUUGCGGAUGAUACUUGCUGGGCAAGAGGCUAUCGAGCCGGAUCGAAGAUUUUGCGAUUGGCCUCCUUUUUAGAUACCAUAAGUGCAACUCUGCAGUUCAUUUUUUAUUUGUAUAUUUCCAAAUUUUACACAAGGAAAUGGUAUGUGCAUUUCAAUGAGGGAGGAAGCGAAUGGGUCUUUUUUAUUUUUGUUAGGCUAGUCCAUGCCUUUUCUUGUUUGCUAUAUGGUCUCGCCGCAUACUUGUUGGAAGUAUACCACGAUGAGGGAGCCGGAGAUUUGCACGCGUACAUAAACGGUGUGAUGUUUGCCUUUGCUGGAUUGACAGAAAUCUUCGUAAUAUUUUGCAACUCGGGUUGCUACUCAAACUUCCUAUUGUGGUUGGCCCUGGGAGCUGUAUCUCUGUGGUCUUACUAUUUCGAACCGGAGGUGAACCACGUGUCCCCCGCCCUACACGAAACGGAGUUAACGAAUGAUGUGGAACAACAAGUCGAGAAGUUUUCUCGAUACACCCCCUAUCCCCAGGAGCAGAAUCAAAAUGCCUACUACCCUGCGUAA